GAAGAGGAGGGGUCGUUGGGGCGUUUUCCAGUAAAGAAUGCUUUCACUUUCAACGGUCUUCUGCAAAGCAGAACGAGCGCAUUUCUUCAACUCGUCUAACAGAAUAGCGGAAUACUUCACCGAGGGACGUUCGUUGUUAGUUAGAUGGAAAAUGGAGAUUUUAAUUGGCCUACUUAUUUCAUCAUUGUCUCUGUAUUGUGACUUCACCGAUGCUGAGUGCCUGGUGAUCAGUCCUGCCAGGCUGGUGGUGAAGUAUGGAGACCCAGCCUCAUCUAACUGCAGCUCAGAUACCCCUGUAGAGAUAGGCUGGGAAUCCACCCAGGGAGGGGUUGGUCUAACAGACAAGGAGGUGAAGAUCCUAAACUGGAGGGUGGACAGUGUGACUGACUGGGAGAACAACCCUAAGUGCUUCACAGACGGAGGCCAGUGUGAGAAACAGCUGGACAUCACAGUUUAUAAGCUUCCAGACAGUGUCUCCAUCAGCUACAGGAAGUACCCUGAUCCGAUGGUUGAGGGGCAUCAGUACCUGCUACAGUGUCUUGUCCAGAACAUUGCUCCUAUUGGGAGACUCAGGGUGACCUUCUACAAAGUCAAUACCACUGGUGAACAGACAGAAUUAGACACACAACAUAAAUCCAAGGACAACAUCAAGACACCAGAGAAUGGGACCUACACCCUGGACUUCACCCCUGGUAGAGAUGAUGCCGGGGCCCAGUUGUUGUGUUCAGCCAUGUUGGAUCUGGGACCAGAGGGACCCCAACCUCCUGCUGUAAUGGACUCAAACCGCCUCAACAUCAACGUGCACUACAAGCCUCAGAUCACUAUGAGUCCUGGAUGUUUCUCCAUGACCAUCACGGAGGGCAACACCCUAUCACUUAACUGUAGUGCAAAUGGUAACCCUGCCCCCUCCUACAAUUGGUUGCUCCCCCAAGCCGACCCCAACACCAUGAAAGAGAGAUCUGUAGUGACCAUCACCAACAUGGCCAAGUCUCACUCUGGAGAUUACACCUGCAUCGCCAUCAACCCCCUGGGAAACAGCACCUGUACUGUUAACGUGGAGGUCACAGAUGCUGAGUGCCUGGUGGUCAGUCCUGCCAGGCUGGUGGUGAAGUAUGGAGACCCAGCCUCAUCUAACUGCAGCUCAGAUACCCCUGUAGAGAUGGGCUGGGAAUCCACCCAGGGAGGGACGGGUCUAACAGACAAGGAGGUGAAGAUCCUAAACUGGAGGGUGGACAGUUUGACUGACUGGAAGAUCAAACCUUCAUGCUUCACAGACGGAGGCCAGUGUGAGAAACAGCUGGACAUCACAGUUUAUAAGCUUCCAGACAGUGUCUCCAUCAGCUACAGGAAGUACCCUGAUCCGAUGGUUGAGGGGCAUCAGUACCUGCUACAGUGUCUUGUCCAGAACAUUGCUCCUAUUGGGAGACUCAGGGUGACCUUCUACAAAGUCAAUACCACUGGUGAACAGACAGAAUUAGACACACAACAGAAAGCCAAGGACAACAUCAACACACCAGAGAAUGGGACCUACACCCUGGACUUCACCCCUGGUAGAGAUGAUGACGGGGCCCAGUUGUUGUGUUCAGCCAUGUUGGAUCUGGGACCAGAGGGACCCCAACCUCCUCCUGUAAUGGACUCAAACCGCCUCAACAUCAACGUGCACUACAAGCCUCAGAUCACUAUGAGUCCUGGAUGUUUCUCCAUGAGCAUCACGGAGGGCGACACCCUAUCACUUAACUGUAGUGCAAAUGGUAACCCUGCCCCCUCCUACAAUUGGUUGCUCCCCCAAGCCGACCCCAACACCAUGGAAGAGAGAUCCGUAGUGACCAUCACCGACAUUGCCAAGUCUCACUCUGGAGAUUACACCUGCUUCGCCAUCAACCCCCUGGGAAACAGCACCUGUACUGUUAACGUGGAGGUCACAGAUGCUGAGUGCCUGGUGGUCAGUCCUGCCAGGCUGGUGGUGAAGUAUGGAGACCCAGCCUCCUCUAACUGCAGCUCAGAUACCCCUGUAGAGAUGGGCUGGGAAGCCAUCCAGGGAGGGAUGGGUCUAACAGACAAGGAGGUGAAGAUCCUAAACUGGAGGGUGGACAGUGUGACUGAAUGGUAUAGCACACCUACAUGCUACACAGAAGGAGGCCAGUGUCUGAAAGAGCUGGACAUCACAGUUUAUAAGCUACCAGACAGUGUCUCCAUCAGCUACAGGAAGUACCCUGAUCCGAUGGUUGAGGGGCAUCAGUACCUGCUGCAGUGUCUUGUCCAGAACAUCGCUCCUAUUGGGAGACUCAGGGUGACCUUCUACAAAGUCAGUACCACUGGUGAACAGACAGAAUUAGACACACAACAGAAAUCCAAGGACAACAUCAAGACACCAGAGAAUGGGACCUACACCCUGCACUUCACCCCUGGUAGAGAUGAUGACGGGGCCCAGUUGUUGUGUUCAGCCAUGUUGGAUCUGGGACCAGAGGGACCCCAACCUCCUCCUGUAAUGGACUCAAACCGCCUCAACAUCAACGUGCACUACAAGCCUCAGAUCACUAGGAGUCCUGGAUGUUUCUCCAUGAGAAUCACAGAGGGCGACACCUUAUCACUGGCCUGUAGUGCAAAUGGUAACCCUGCCCCCUCGUUGGAUGAUUGUGGACUACCUGCCCAUCAUUGCAGGGCUGGCUUCGGUGGUGAUCCUCUUGGUGAUCUCCUGUUUCAUCUACUCUUCUUACUAUAAACACACGCGCAUGAGCCAUUAACAGCUGAAAAUCAUGUUGCCACGACGACACAAGAACAAACACGUGGUGCACCACAACGGAAUGGACCAGUCCUUUAUGUAGAGGAGGGGUUGGGGUCAGAGCAUGUGAGCAGAGGUGAAUGGUUGGAAAUCCUGAUGAGUGGGUGUGGCUCUCCACGUCCUUUCUUACCGCUCCCUCACAGAAUGGAAGCAAGUCCCCGUAGCAAUGUUCCAACAUCUAGUGGAAAGCCUUCCCAGAAGACUGGAGGCUGUUAUAGCAGCAAUGUUCCAACAUCUAGUGGAAAGCCUUCCCAGAAGACUGGAGGCUGUUAUAGCAGCAAAGUGGGGACCAACUCCAUAUUAAUGCCCAUGAUUUUGGAAUGAGAUGUCCGUGUCCAUAUACUUUUGGUCACGUAGUGUAUCUGGUUACACUUGCAGACUGGCGCAAAAUGAAAUACUACACUUCUCAAUUGCAGAUCAUGUUAAUUUCAGUAUUUAUUAACUUGCAUUGUCUAAUUCACUCAGUGAUCAUAAAGUACCAAAUAACAGGAUAUGUGUGCAAAGAAAGCACUAUUAUAUCUGUAUGCACAUGUGUGUGUAGAUUAAUGCAUUUAUUUUGUAUAUAUUUCCCAAUAAAGAACCAUUUGGAAGUACU